AAAUCCUUCAAUGUAAGGGCAAAGGAAGCCAAACAGAUCCCUACAUUUCAAAGGCAUGUUAUGCACCUCAGAAGUUUACUAAGGCAUGUUUAGUUGGUCAUUUUGUAAAUAAAGUUGAACCUAAAGAAGUCAGUUACGUUACGAUGAUCGUUGUUGAUAAAAGCACACUGAAAAUGGUGUCGAAGCCCAAUAAAAAAAAUGGGGGCAAAAUUCCCCGUAAAAGUGAUAGGGAUAGUGAUCGUAAUCUUAUCCUCUCUCCAGCAAGUGAAAGCAGCCCCAAUUGAUGAAAAACCCCAAUUCCCAUGUAAAGCGCCUCAUAAUUCAUACCCAUUUUGCAACAAAUCUCUUGGGAUCCCAACCAGAUCGCAACAACUAGUCUCUCUUCUCACACUUGAAGAGAAAAUCAGGUUCCUCUGCAACAAUUUCUCAGGGAUACCCAGGUUGGGGAUUCCACCUUAUGAAUGGUGGUCUGAAUCCCUCCAUGGAAUUGCCACUAAUGGGCCCGGAAUCAGCUUCAGUGGGCCCGUCAAAUCCGCCACAUUGUUCCCACAAGUUCUCAAUUCCGCUGCUUCUUUCAACCGGAGCUUGUGGUUCGACACCGCCACCGCGAUCGCCGUUGAAGGGAGGGCAAUGUACAAUUCUGGCCAAGCCGGGUUGACUUUCUGGGCUCCUAAUGUCAAUAUUUUUAGGGACCCCAGAUGGGGAAGAGGCCAGGAGACUCCUGGGGAAGAUCCAUUUCUUGUUUCUUCUUAUGCUCUUGAGUUUGUCAAGGGCUUUCAAGGGGAGAACCAAUCUGAUGCUGGCCUCUUGAUGCUUUCUGCUUGUUGUAAGCAUUUUACUGCUUAUGAUCUUGAAAACUGGGCUAAUUUCACCAGAUAUUCUUUCAACGCUGUGGUAACUGACCAAGAUAUGGAAGACACCUAUGAACCCCCCUUCAAGAGUUGUGUUCAACAAGGUAAAGCAAGCUGCUUGAUGUGCCCUUACAAUAGUAUUAAUGGGGUGCCUGGAUGUGCAAAAGGAGAUCUUUUGCAGAAAGUGCGAAAAGACUGGGGAUUUAAGGGGUAUAUCGCCUCAGAUUGUGAUGCAGUGGCGACAAUUUAUGAAUAUCAGUAUUAUGUUAAAACUCCUGAGGAUGCAGUUGCUGAAGCUCUUAAAGCAGGAGUUGAUAUAAACUGUGGAACAUACAUGCUUUAUAAUACUCAAUCUGCAAUUGGACAAGGAAAGCUUAAGGAGGGAGAUAUUGACCAGGCUCUUAAUAACCUGUUCCCUGUUCUGCUCCGAUUGGGCCUUUUUAACGGGGAUCCUUUAAAUGGAAUGUUUGGAAGAUUGGGAGGCAAAGACGUCUGUACUAAAGAGCAUCAGAGAUUGGCUCUUGAAGCAGCAAGGCAGGGCAUAGUGCUUCUAAAAAAUGAUAACUUCUUACCUUUAAACAAGGAUCAUGUAUCUUCAUUAGCCAUCAUUGGUCCUGGUGCAAAUUCUACAAGCUAUCUUGAUCUAGGGGGUGGAUAUUCAGGAUUUCCAUGCAAUGCAAAAUCUUAUGUUGAGGCUUUUCAACCAUACAUCAAGAAGACAAAUUAUGUUAAAGGAUGCUUGAAUGUUGAUUGUGAAUCCAAUUCAAUGUUUGAUGAAGCUGUCCACGUGGCCAAAGUAUCUGAUUAUGUUAUCUUAGUUGUUGGCCUGGAUUUGACCCAAGAAACUGAGGAUAAAGAUCGAGUUACCCUAUUACUUCCUGGAAAACAGAUGGACCUUGUAUCUUUGGUCGCUUCUGUUAGCAAAAAACGUAUAAUAUUAGUCCUCACUGGUGGUGGACCACUUGAUGUCUCUUUUGCUGAAGGAGAUUCACGAGUUGCUAGCAUUCUUUGGACUGGGUAUCCUGGUGAAGCCGGUGGCAAAGCUCUCGCUGAAGUAAUCUUUGGUGAUUAUAAUCCAGGUGGAAGAUUGCCAAUGACUUGGUAUCCAGAAUCAUUCACCCAGAUACCUAUGAAUAACAUGAACAUGCGGGCUGAUCCCUCUCGCCUAUAUCCUGGGAGGACCCAUCGGUUUUAUACUGGAGAGGUUGUCUAUGAAUUUGGUUAUGGUUUAAGCUAUACAAAUUACACAUACAAGCUAUUAUCAGCUCCAAAUACUUUGAAGUUAAUAUUUAAGACUAGCGCUAGUUUGAGAAAAUUGUAUGAAACAGAAGUUGGGAUUGGUUAUGUUCCUACAGAUGAGAUUUUAUCUUGUGAUAUCGUAAGGUUUAAUGUGCAGUUAUCUGUAAUGAAUGCCGGGCAUAUGGAUGGGAGCCAUGUUGUAUUGCUUUACUCAAAAGCAUCUAGUACUAUAGAAGGUGCUCCUAGAAAACAGCUCAUUGGAUUUAGCCGUAUCCAUACUACUGCACAUAGGUCGACAGAUAUGAGCUUCAGUGUUGAUCCUUGUGAGCAUCUUAGCUUUGCAAAUGAGCAUGGAAAGAGAAUAUUGCCACUAGGAGAGCAUAUCUUAAUGAUAGGUGAAUUAAAACACUCAUUGUUAAUUGAUAUGUGAUUGGUAUAAUUCAUUCUUGUGUAUGGGAUAUAGGGAUCAACUUUGAUCAAAACUAUCUGUUAAAAUAUACAAAGUAUAAAUACUUAUACUACAUCCGUUAUAGGUUAUGCGCAACGAUUUGACAUAAAGUAGAGAGGAAAAAUGUCUAAUCGUUGCACAUAACCUGUAACGGAGGUAAUAUAUUCAAUUCACAUAAUGAUAGGUGAAUUGGAGCACUCAUUGUUGGUUGAUAUAUGAUUGGUAUAAUGUAUUCGUUGUGUAUGGAAUUUAUGGAUCAACUUUGAUCAAAACUAAUCUGUUAGAAUAAAUGAAGAAUAACCGGUGGAAAAUUCGGUAUGCUUUUACAUUGCCUUACUUUAGGUUAGUGUGACAGUUUUUGUAUCCUCAUGCUCUGUACAUUAGAAAUGUCUUACCUGGAUGCUGCAAUCUGUAUUCCAAGACGAUGCUUAUACACUUCAGAAGUUUUUUGAUC